AUGGACACUGUCGCUAGCCGACAGUCAGUGCUGCCCACUAUUCAGACCACACAUCAUGGAGACUCGAAGAGCCCGAGCAAGUCGGAGAUGCGCAGCGUAUCGACGCCGUCACUGGGAGGAAAGCGACGCAGUUUCUUAGCAAAGACCUUCGGGAAGGUCAGCAAUAGAGCUUCUUCAUCCGACCUUCGCGCAUUGUCUACCAUGUCCGAGUCUUCCAAGGCCUCGAACAGCUCGAGCAGCUCAAACGCUCAAAGCCGUCGAGUACUUCACAAGAAUAACGGCUCCGGCGGCUCAAACUCCUCCUCGAUUUUCUAUCGCCUCAACCGCCGCGCAUCUAAAGAUUCUACUGCGAGCUCUCACAUGUCGGAGGAUACACCCACUCACCUUAGCCCUCACCUGCCGCCUAAUCCUAUCAGGAUCCUAAAGCACGGGGCGCUCAAAACCGAUGCGCGAUUAUGGAAGUCUCGUGCCGAGUAUAUCGUCUUGACUGAAGGGCACCUCAUCAAGUUCAGUAGCGUCGAGGCUGCGAGAGCCAACUUCAACGAGUUGGCGCCGCCGUCGGGCCGCCUCAAGAGAUCAUCGACUUCGUCGACAUUGAGCCAGGAUGGUGCUUCUGCAGACGGGCGCGUUGAGAUUCCGUUGUGCAGAAUUGUCAACAUCUUCAAUGAGGAGGGUGUAAGUCCUCACUUCGGGCUCGAUGUGUGGUGGUCAGAAACUUCACCAAUGGUGUCAUGGGCAUGCACGAAGCUCUUUUUUGGCCUACCUGCCGAGCGGGAAGAUUGGAUGACGGAGAUUCGCCGCGCUGUCCGUGACUCUGUCGGCUCGACUGUUGUGCCCAAAGGAAUCGUCGCUCCCAACGUCGAGACCGCCAUUCACAAGAUCGUUGCCGCCGAAGAACCUUCCUGUCGCGGCUUGCCCCUGGACAUCUUUCCGGUCGUUCAGCGCACCACUCUUCUUGGCUCCAAAGCCGACAACCCUGAGACCUCCAAGAAGUUCCGUGACGGUUCAUCUCAUUAUCUGCUGCUGGGCCAAAACAAGUGCUAUUUUGUUCGGGUUGCGAGAACCUCAGUGUACAAGGCACCCCAAGACAUUGAGAUCAACACCGUAGUAUUUGGUCUGACGAGUUUGGUACGCUUGAAAGCCACAAUGAGCCACCAUGAAGAACGAUUCGUUCUCGGUUUUCGUUUACCCUGCGAAGCCGAAAAGCGCUUGGAGCUGGCCAGCCGCUGGUACAGAGAGAUUGUCAUGACAUUCAUGAAGGCAGAUCGCGCAGUAAAACCUGCCUGGCCACAGCACAUGCAAAGUGACAUUUUCGACAUCAGAGGCCUUACCGCCCAACUUCUACUGCCCUCAGGCCAGGACUUUGGCGGUCUCAAGCGGACCAUGGAAGCCUACUGUGCGACAUUUCGAUGCCCGCCUCCCGAGUGGACAGUCAACUGGAAGUGUGAACGCCGAGAGCACUGCCCUGAAUUCCGACUUCUUCCCUCAAAGGAACCGACUGGGUACACUGCUCUUCAACUGCUGGCCGUCUUCAAGUCUCUUCGGUACAACGAUUACUUCAAGGCUCUUUCCUUCCGCGACGUCGACCUCGCACCUCUUUGCGGUGUGACGGACCAUCCAGGGUUUGAAGAGUCUGUGGCAGAUGUUUCUCGAGAUGGUUUGGUCAUCGAUGGAGUGCACAAGGACAUCAUCAAGGCAGCGCCACUAUUGUCGCAGGAGAUUCACGCAGUUGCCUUCACUUCUGGCUCGAUACGCAAGAUCGAUCUCACCAAUGUCCUCGCGUCCCAGAAUAUCAUCGGAGUAUCGCGUACACGAGCUGGUUCGAAGAAGGAGCCCGAGGUUGUUCGUCCGAUUCUGCUGCUCAUGAGGACUGGCAACAGCCACUGUGAUACUCUUUUGGUGGGAGGGAAUCCUCUCACGGCGGCUGAGGUCACUGAUCUUGUGGACGUUCUGCACAUUCCCGACCUUCUGAGAGAACUCGACAUCUCGCGUUGCAAUCUAGAUGAAAGGAGCCUGGAGGAGAUUUGGGACGCACUUCCUUCCCAGGGAUACAGGAUGGAAGCGCUGAACACUUCACGCAACAUCGGCCACGUUGAUCACAUGGUUGUGAAGAGCAAUCUGGCUCACUUUGCCUGCCUUAGAAAGCUCAGCAUCGCGGGCAACUGCCUAAGCCAGUACAUGGAUCCCAUUUUCUACGACGAGACAAUCAUGAGCUGGGGACUCGAAGAACUUGAUCUCUCAAACAUCAACCUGAACAACGCCACUCUGGAAAUUCUCGCAGACUACUUGACCGCUCCCGAAUCCGCUUAUUUGCGCAGACUCGACCUCAACGGAUGUGGCAUGUCAGGCGCCCAAAUCGCUCACCUGUUUCGCAGCAUGGGCCAAGGCAGAGAGAUCGUUUGCUCUAUCAAUGGGAACUACAUCGAAAACGGCAUGGAGGAUUUGGCGUCCGCCAUUGCCUACAAUUUCGGUCCCACGUCGCUGUUCAUGGACAUGAUUGAAUUCCGCAAUGAGGAGAACUACAUCAAGAUCAUCAAGGCGCUCGCCCUCAACCGAACCAUCCGCCUGCUUAGCCUUGUUGGGACCUCGACGCCGGGACAGGUUAGCGAGGAAGCUUGUCUUGCAGUCUCGGACUUCUUCGCCAGCAACGAGUCCAUACAGUACCUCGACUUCUCUGGGUUCUCGGCCAAGCUUGAUGAGGGCCAGCUCGGACUUGGUUUCUCUCGCUCACUCUCGGGUCUCGCCAGUAACAAGACGCUGCUGCAUCUUCGGAUCCGGAAUCAAAAGCUGAACAUGAACAUCGGAGACCUGGCAGAGGCUAUUCACAUGAACCAGACUCUUCGAACGCUCGACGUCCAGGAGAACAGCUUCAACCUUUCGAACCUGUCUCACAUGGUCAGGAGUCUGGAGCAGAACACUUCCAUCCAAGAGUUCUGCCCCUUUUCCAAGACUGAGCUUAACAGAGUCAUCAAGUCCAGCGUCCAGAACGUGGGCAUGCCUACCAGCCAACCGUCGGUUAAGGCCCGACGCGCCUCCAAGGUGCUUUCGAAGGCUACGUUCGAGAACUUUGCCAUGGAGAUGGACAAGAACAAUGCUUUGAUGCAGAACCUGAAAGAGGAAUGGACGAGCAAGACGGCGCAGAUCGACAGGAUUCUCGAGAGAAACCGCACUCUGGCAUACGAGGUCGACAUGGCACGCUUGCAGUGGGAGAUACCGGCAGACCCUGACGCGGAAUGGAUUGCAUACGAUCUUAGCAUCAUCUUUGGCGGCCUCGCAGCCAAGGCUAUCAAGAAGAAGCGUCCAACUCCCAUGGAGACACCAGGCUUCCGCGGAAGCAUGCUUGCGGCCGGAUACCGAGGCAGCAUGAUGUUCGGUACCAGCACCCCGCCCAUGGAGCAGUGGGAAGACUACGGACUCAAGGCUGCGCCUCACCAUGUGUCGUCGGAAGAAGUGCUGGACAGUCCGGCGACCGAACACGCCAGCGGCUCCUCCGCCUUGCCGACGCCUCCCGAGUGGGCGCCUAGCGAAAGCCCGGCAAAGGAGUACGCGAUGUCCUCGAGUGUCCCGAGCACACACAGUGAUCCUCGCAUACUGGAGGAGUCACUCGGCGACUUCGACCUGGAGGUCCUGAAGCGCAUGAUCUCGCACGGAUUCAACCUGGACGAACCGACGCAAGCGCAACCCCAAGCCGUCGGCGGGAAAGCGGGUGCCUCCGUGUCCACCACGAGACUCAACUGA